AUGUCGGAACUAUUUAAAAAAUGGUUCCUCUCAAAAAGACCAGCUGGCUCUAGGGUUGCCAAUUUAGAGACAAGUUUUGAUGUCAACAUAACACUGAGGAAGCUUAAGCGCUACAGACCAGCUGUUUCUGAUCUUUGCCACUAUGGUUUUCUCGGCAGUGUUCUUCUUUUUGUUUUCAUUGUAAAUCCAUUGCCCUGGAUUUUCAAGAUCGCAUUAUAUUUCUUUGUGGGGACUCUCUUUAUGCUCCCGGCUACUUCGCAGUUUUUCUUUAAUGCCUUACCGAUUUUAACAUGGUUAGCACUGUAUUUCACUUCUUCAUCAUUUUCUGUCGAUUACAGACCACCCAUCACCGUUCAAGUCCUACCAGCAAUUGAAACUAUUCUUUAUGGUGAUAACUUAAGUGAUAUAUUGGCAACUUCUGAAAAUAAGGCAAUGGAUUUAAUAUUUUGGCUACCAUAUGGUAUAUUUCAUUUCGGAGCUCCAUUUGUGGUUGCGGCUAUUCUGUUUUUAUGCGGCCCGCCAACCAUCCUACGAGGUUAUGCCUUUGCAUUUGGCUAUAUGAACCUAUUCGGCGUAAUGAUGCAAAACCUCUUUCCUGCCGCACCUCCAUGGUAUAAAAAUUUAUACGGUCUAAGCCCUGCAAACUACAGCAUGAAGGGCUCACCAGGGGGACUUGCAAGAAUUGAUGAAUAUUUUGGCAUCAAUUUGUACACCUCCGGUUUUUCGAAUUCAGCGGUAAUUUUUGGGGCAUUUCCAUCCCUGCACUCGGGUUGUGCAACCAUGGAGGCUCUUUUCUUUUCAUAUGUUUUCCCUAAGCUGAGGCCACUUUUCAUUUUCUAUGUUUGUUGGUUGUGGUGGUCUACCAUGUAUUUGACCCACCAUUAUUUUGUAGACUUGAUGGCGGGUUCUGUACUAUCUUACGUGAUUUUUCAGUACACAAAAAUAUUUCAUCUUCCGGUGGCCGACGGUUCAAUGUAUUCUCGGUGGGGCUAUGGUGAAGUUGUGAAGUUCAAUCUGUAUCAGGCUGAUCCAUUGAGUGUGUCUCCAAAUGACAUUGAGAGUCUUCAAGCUCCUUUAACUCUAGAGACUGAUUUUGAGCUCAAUUCCAUGAACAACAGCGCAUCUCCUUCGAUAUUUGACAAUAGUAGGUCAGUUUCGAGAUCUUCAGGAACUUCUAAUACUUCUCUAGAUAUUCAAGAGGAAGUUUUCUCUUCUCCAAGGUUGAACAACAAACAGAGAAUAGAUUGA